AUGGGCAACACUCUCAAUGCCAGUCUCUGCGCAUACAUAACCCAUCCAGGCAAACUUCUAAUGUUUGGUGCCGGCGAUGAGGGUCAGUUGGGACGAGCACUCACGAGUGAUAUACAAUACAGUCACAUACCCACUGUAGUGGACUUAGAGACAAAUGUGCUCUCCGUGGCAUGCGGCGCGAAGCACACGAUGGCGCUGACUACCGAGGGAGCCGUCUAUGCCUUUGGAGCCAAUAACAUGGGCCAGCUCGGGUUGGCCGAAAGUCCACCUAUGAACAUAGUACAUACACCAAGCCAGGUUGAUAUACCGGUGGACCUUAGCCGGCGACAGGCGCACACUCAAGGUAUAGCUACCCCAGAGAGAUGCGGUGGAUGCCCAUCCCUGCCCACGAAGACAGCCAAUCCGCAGACAAAGUGUGGAGGGGGCGGUCACGCCUUGGUACAGGAGAAGGGGAACGUCCACACGGACGAACGCACGUUGUCUCCAGGGGAAACACACAGUGAAGUGGUGAUGAGGCUGAGCCAACUCAGUCCGAGUAUGGCGCGAAGGGGGAAGCAACCACCACCUAUCAUCACCACGGCCCCUACCCCACCGCCACCGGUCGCACAUGCGACGUCUAUCUCCUGUGGGCUGCAUCACAGUGUAGUGGUGACCAGACACGGAGGUGUGUACGCGUGUGGGAAUAGACAGGCACUCGCAGUGCAUGCAGAUACUGCCAUAAUAGAUGCGAAGAAGAGGGCAGGCGCGUGUACACGCGCCCGUGCACACGCUCAGGCAUGCGCGCAGGGGGCUGACACAUGCUGUGGCGACUGGAAAGCAUACGAGAAUGAGCUGAAGACGUGCUGCGAUACACCCGUCGCAAGCCAUACAACGGGGAACAAGGGUGACGUCGCGUCUAGCGAAUGCGGGAACGCUCGCAAGACAUGUGGAGACGCACGCGACGUACGCGGAGACGCGGAGAAGUCAAGCACCAGGCAGUGCAGCAAUCAACCAGCGCAUUUCACGGCAUCGUGCAAUGAGACGGCCCUGACGUUAUUGUGCUCACUGGGCAACCUUUCGAAGAGGAGUGGUAAGGAUGGGCCAGAGGGAGCAGUGAGAGUGGCGGCAGGGGGAAACCACGUGUGUGUCUAUCUUGUAGCGUAG